AUGGCUCCGUCGCACUCCCCCAGUCCCGCCCGCGUAGGCACCCGGACAACCACUACCACCACCAACUCUCGUCCCUCCCUCGAAACCAACUUCACUGACCCCUCCUUCGACCCUGCCGACUUUCUCAACGACACUCUACCCCCGUUGACGCUGGCGUCUUCGCAAUCACACGGCCCUCGAAAUCCCAAAGCCGUCUCCCUCGCCGAAUCCUCCACGCAGGUCCAAUCCAUCCUGACGCAGAUCAACGCGCAGAAUGUGCGCCUUUCGAAUAAUCUGACCCAGCUCACGGACGAGAUUCUUCGGAGCGGUGGUCGUCUAGCUUAUGAGGUGGAGGUGUUGCGUGGAGAAACCAUCGGGUUGUCGGAUACACUGACGGAUGCUUUACGGGAUGACAUCGCCAAGUUCGUUCCUGAAUCGACGAAGAAGAAUAGCGGUGCACAGGAUUCGUCGAGUACAGUCGAUGAAGAACAAGCGUCCAAAGAAACAGAUCAACCUGAACUAGGACUAGGACCGGAGGACGCCCCCGCCGUCGCGGACCCCGAGUACAUUACAAAACUACGAACCUUGAACCAGGUGCGCGCGCGACUGGAAGAAGUCGUGCAGACGUUCGGCGACGCCAUGGAAUGGUCGCUCCCGCCGUCAGAGACCUCCCUGACGUCCUCAUUUAUAUCGGUGUCUGCGCCCGAGCCCGGAAGUGAGAGCCACAGCCGGGAGGAGAAGGGCCAGGAGAUCGCGAAGAAGCUGCGGGCAGAGAUCACGGAGCUUCUGGACAGUAAUGGUGGCGGGGAGGAGGGGGUCGAUGCGGCGACGCAGAGGGUGGAUGCACUGCGCGACCUGGCCACGGUGUGGAAGGGCACGGCGGAAGAGAAGGCGCGCACUCGGUUCGUGGAUGGCCUGGCGAAGAUGAUUGAGGAUCGUCGCCGAACGCUGGAGAACCAGGGCAGGAUGGAUCCGGGGCAGUCGCAGCAGGCGAAAGCGAAGUCGACGAGUCAUCGGCGCCAGGAGAGCGAGGGACCUGGGGGUGGAAUUUUCAAGAAUUUACAGCGUCUACGGGAGGAGAUUUACCUGGAGUAA